AGCACUUUCGUGUCAAAACACUUCUCUUUCUCUCUCUUCCCCUGUUCAGCGUUUCACAAUCAAAUCACCCACAUUCAUAGUAUUAUAAAAGCAGGUCGUAAGUAAGAGCACGAGGAUUAGCUGAGAGUUUCGCCAAAUAAAACAAAUCACAAGUUACACACUCUAAAGUUAUCUUUUCAUUAAAAAAGUUAGCAAAUUGGGCAAUUAAUAUUAAUUGACCAAAAAUUAAAAACUAAAUUCUGGGAUUUCUUAAAAAAUUUGUGGGUGUGAAUUAAUUUUUAUAAAGAAAAAAAAUUGAUCAACCAAUGGAAGGAAAGAAAAAGGUGUUGGAAGGAGGACAGGUAAUGGACGGUUCAGAUAUAAUGGAGUUGGUUGAAAAUAAGGAGGUGUUCAGUAAAUAUGUGGAUCACAAGUUCAAAGAACUUGAUGUUGACAAGGAUGGUAAGUUAUCUGUGAAAGAACUUCAACCUGCUGUUGCUGAUAUUGGUGUUGCUCUUGGUCUUCCUCCUAAAGGCUCUUCUUCUGACUCUGAUCACAUCUAUUCCGAGGUUCUGAAUGAAUUCACUCAUGGUAAAGAGGAGAAAGUAAGCAAGAGCGAGUUUAAAGAAGUUCUCUCAGACAUCCUUAUAGGCAUGGCUGCUGGAUUAAAACGGGACCCCAUUGUCAUCCUCCGCAUUGAUGGUGAAGAACUUCAUGAAUAUAUAAGUAGUCCUGCUUUUGAGACGGAUAUGGUGUUAAUUUUUUCUGAGAUUGCUACUCCAAAUGCAACUAUGUGUGAUCACAUUGUCAAAGCUCUGCAAAAGCUUGGUGUUGAUCAGGGGUUGCCCCCAAUUUCAGAUUCUUGGGUUAUGAGCAAUAUUGUGGAACCAGCUUUGGAGUUGUGUACUCAGGACUGUAGUAAUGAUCAGCAACUGAUAUCAUCUCAGGAGAUUUUCCUGGAGGAACUCAAGAAAGUACUCGAAAAUAUAGUUGAGUGUCUUAGAGAGCAACCUGUGAUUGUUGCACACACUGAGAACACCUAUGAUGGAAGUGCCAUCAAGACUCUUUUAGCUAAUAAGUUUGAAAUAGACAAGGUACUGAAUGCUGUGCUGGAAGCUAUACCUAGAGAUAAGAAUGGAAGAUUGUCUAAGGAGUAUCUUCACUUGGCAUUAGAUUCAUUGGCCCCAUCUGCUGAUUUGCCUCCAUAUGGUGCUAUUGCUGAGAUGGACAAGGUUACUGAUGAAGUGUUUAAGAUGGUAGAUGCUGACGACGGGAAACUCGUAAAAGAAGAGGAGUUCAAGAAGCUCUUGCUGGAGAUCUUAGGGAGUAUGAUGUUACAAUUAGAAGGUAACCCUGUAUCGGUUUCAACUAACUCGGUUGUUCAUGAGCCCCUUGCCGAUCCUACUUCAUUUUUGCAGAUGGCCUCAUAAUCUUAUCUCACAUCACUGAUAUUGCAUAUAAAAAAUAAAUGAAAGCUUAUAUCCUAAUGUGUCUUGAACACUUAUGUAUUGGAAGCAAUUUCAGUUCAUGUUGUUAGUAUAUCUUGUGUUGUUUGGCUUCCUAUAUAUGUUUUGUAUUUCCAUGUAGCUAUUGUAAUACAGUAAUGUAUCCCUGGUACUGGGAAGGGUCACUUUGCAUAGUGUUAUCUGCUUGAGAAAUGUUGAUCAAUCCAUUUGUUACGCCUCGUAAACGCCAAUGUCCUUGAGGAUCAUGACUGUAUAUGCCAAUGUCCAUGAGGACCAUGACUGUAUAUGCCAAUGUCCAUGAGGACCAUGACAGUGUAAAACUGUAAAAUGGUAGGUAAUCCUUCAUUUACUACCUUUUUUAUGCAAAGAAAUUUCUUCAUUUUGUAAAAUGCUAUUAGCUUAUGUUGAAUAGUUAUAUGGAGAGCUUAUAAGAUGUA